UUAGAUAUAUACACAUGUUCAUAAUUGAUAAGUUUUGGAUAAGAUUUCGGUACCUUUCAACAUUUCUUAAAGAUAAGGAAACGUUUAAUUGUAUACUAUAAGCAAGGCUGGAAUUCUUGGACAAAAGGCACACCCAAAUAACGUACGCAAUUGCGGACGAGGAAAACAUACUUAAUAUUGCCCAAUUUACAUCAAAACAAUAAAAGAUAACUGUUAUUGAUAGAGGAGAUCUAGAGCAUCACGCCAUCAAAACAAUAGCAGAAAUGGGCCCUAGGAAUUCCAAAAUUUUGCCUUGUCCUGCACCAGGGGUUCAAUUUAAAGGACCACCAAACUACAAUGAUGUGAUCAGGAAUGUACAGGCAGGCGAUGCACCUCCUAAAUAUAGUGAGGUCAUUAAUGAAAUUAAACAACGAAAUGCAGCAGAAUGCCAAGCGGGUGUAAAUUCCUCCCGACAAAUGACAUUUUCAUCAGCUGUUUUAUCAUCAAAUGCAACUGGGAUAGCUGACCAAGUACCACCAGAGCCAUCAUUAGCAGAAACACCGUUAUCGCCAACAAGUCCAUGGAUACCCUUAACUCCAACAUCGUCUCCACUUUCUCACGUGACAUCCUUCCCUUUCUCCACCGUGACACAACCACCCCCUCCACCCACCAAACGGAUAUCAACAGCGGAGUUAAACCACGACCAAAGGACCCCAGCGAGGAAUGUAAUCUCAAUGAAUCAAAAUGGACAAUCUGAAAGUUGCCAAAAUAUACAAAUGAACAAUCGACAUUUUCCGGACAAAUGUAUCAAAUUUCAUACAUUUUGCUGUACCCGUGUCACGUCGAAGGAGGGUGGCGAUACCCAGAAACUACAAGGUGAAACCUAUAGGUGUUGGCCGCCUCCUUUGUUCACAACACUUAUAACAUUCUUGCAGAUCGUGACAUACGUGUGUUUCUCAUUGCGUGGUGGAGAGAUCCGUAUGGCUCCCAACAUAACAAAGGAUAACGUCUUUGUCUACGACCCUGAGAGAAGAUACGAAGCGUGGAGAUUCGUGCUUUAUUCUCUCUUGCAUGUCGGAUGGAUCCAUCUUUUCUUUAACCUCCUCGUCCAGGUGAUGGUCGGGAUUCCCCUGGAGAUGGUACAUGGGACAUUUCGCAUUGCUGCCAUCUAUUUUGCUGGUGUUCUUGCAGGAUCUUUGGGAUCGUCAGUGUUCGACCCAGAAGUACGACUGGUCGGAGCGUCUGGUGGCGUGUACGCUCUUUUAGCAGCCCAUCUGGCAAAUAUAUUAUUGAAUUACUCACAGAUGGAACUUGGUUUGCUGAAAUUGUUGUCGAUAUUCAUGAUCUCUAUAUCUGACGUUGGGUUUGCAAUAUGGAACAGGGCGGUGUCGGUUACUGAAAGUGACGGCCCUCAAGUUGGAUAUGUAGCACAUAUUGCCGGGGCACUCGCUGGACUCGCAAUGGGGCUCAUAGUGCUCAAGAACUUUGAAAAGAAACUUUAUGAACGCGUGAUAUGGUGGUGUGCUUUGAUUUUGUACUUCGCUUGGCUCAUCUUCGCGAUUGCGUGGAAUUUUCUGUGAGAUAGCACAACAUCUAAAGUGAAAGUCAACGUAAUAUACAAUAUGUCGUAGUUUUGAUGGCCAUGACAGCAGUUAGCGUCAUCAAGAAUGGAGGCAGAUUUUUGCAUAAUACCAGGGUUGCAGACUGAAUGGUGGACCGAUGUUAAGAUGAACUUUAUAUACAAAUAGUCAAAUAUUUGGAUUGAUCAGUCUAUUUUAGGUGUACUUAAAGUACUAUGUAUAUUGUAAAAUGGCAAUAAAAUGAUACUAUUCAUGAACGCAUUUAAG